GUGUGGAACUUCAGUGGAGUGGGAAGGGGGUGGUGCAAUAGCCGGAAAUUCUGGAGCCCCAUCCUACCUCCGACUCCGACGAGCAUAGCCAGAAGCAUCGUUCGCGGGGUCUGAGGCGGAAAGGGCGCACGGCUCGCUCUCUGAGUUCAGCAAUUAUUUUAAUCCUGUUCAUUUUUAUAUUUACGCAGCACAAAACAAAAAACUGUACCAAGAAACCGCUGUGUGCAAAUUAAAGAAAAUCAGUGUUUAAACCCGGGGUAGCCUACAGCAUCCUAUGGCGGUAUCAGUGCAUUCAUGUCCGCUAUCAAUUUGUCGGUCUAUAGAUAAACAUUUUAUUUUCAGUUGUUAGUUAUUAUCGACUUAACACGAUGGGAUGUUAAAAGACGCAGGUCUGAGUGCGAGGAGGAAUUCUGAAAAGGAGCAUUUUUAUGGAAAAGCAUAGGCGUGGAUUUAAUAGUCCUUUCCUCUGAUUUGAGUUAAAUCAAAUUUAGGCUACAGGAAAGUCUUUUAGGUUUUUCUUUCUAUUUCCACUGUUUGCAUUUCCCAGGGUGCUACCUUGACUGUGCUCACAGAAAAACGUGAUCCUCUUAGGUUAGCCCCGGCAUAUCGUGAACCGCUAGCCUAUAUUCCAUCUGUUAACGGAAUCGUGUUCAUUUUCUCUGUACCUGGCUCUUUAUAGCUAGCCCCUAUACGAAGACGCGUCAUAUCUGACGGAGCGUACAUCCAGUUUGGGGUUGUCUCAGGACAGACACCGACUGAAAACUAGGAAAAUCAGAGUUUCUUUCGUUUUCCUCGGUAUCUUUGAACGCCAAAAUGAAUUACCUUCGUCGCCGACUGUCGGACAGCAAUUUUAUGUCCAAUCUGCCAAAUGGUUAUAUGAGUGACCUGCAGCGUCCCGACCCGCCACAACCUAGCCCCGCCGUGUCCCCGGGCCAAACGGAGCGCCGUCAGACCAGCAGCCAGUCCGCAGGAGCCGGCUUUUUCUCCUCAAUCUCUAAUGCUGUCAAACAGACCACUGCGGCAGCGGCCGCAACUUUCAACGAGGCGGCUGACAGAGCCAGCGGUCCGACGAAAGCCAAGAUCCUCCUGGUUAUCGAUGACCAACAGACAGACUGGGCCAAAUAUUUUAAAGGCAAGAAGGUGCAUGGCGAAUUUGACAUCAAAGUGGAGCAGGCGGAGUUCUCAGAAAUUAACCUGGUGGCUCAUGCAACUGGAAGCUACAGUGUGGACAUUGAGGCAAUCCGAAAUGGGAGCAAGAUUACCAAGUGCUUCAGGCCCGACUUUGUGCUGGUCCGCCAGCACGCCUUCAGCAUGGCUAAGAACGGAGACUUCCGGAACAUCGUGAUCGGGCUGCAGUACGCGGGGCUGCCCAGCAUCAACUCGCUACACUCCGUCUACAACUUCUGUGACAAGCCCUGGGUGUUUGCUCAGAUGUCCAGACUGUUCAAGCAACUGGGGCCAGAGGAGUUCCCGCUGAUAGAACAGAUCUACUACCCCAACCACAAGGAGAUGAUCACUACACCUGGGUUCCCGGUGGUCGUGAAGAUGGGCCACGCCCAUUCAGGCAUGGGAAAGGUGAAAGUGGACAAUCAGUAUGACUUCCAGGACAUUGCCAGCGUGGUGGCCUUGACCAAGACCUACGCCACGUCAGAGCCUUUUAUCGAUGCCAAGUACGAUGUCCGCAUCCAGAAGAUAGGCAGCAAUUACAAAGCCUACAUGAGGACAUCGAUUUCGGGAAACUGGAAGACCAACACUGGAUCUGCUAUGCUGGAACAAGUGGCCAUGUCUGACAGGUAUCGCAUGUGGGUGGACAGUUGCUCUGAGGUCUUCGGGGGUCUGGAUAUGUGUGCCGUAGAAGCUCUCCAUGGGAAAGACGGAAAGGAUUACAUCAUAGAGGUGGUUGGCUGCUCUAUGCCACUGAUCGGGGACCAGCAGGAUGAAGACAGAGCUCUCAUUGCUGAUGUGGUUCUGUCUAAAAUGAACCACACUGUCCCUCGUACCCCAGUACGCUCCCCCCAACGCCCAACAGCGGGACUGCAAGCACAGCCUGCUGUACCUCCCCAGCCGAUUCAGCCCCAGGCCUCCAACCCAGUGCCUCCUGCUCAACAGCGCCCCCCUCCACAAGGUGGCCCCCAGCAGCCCAUGGCCAGUCCCCAGGCCCCACGCCAGACUCCCCCAGCCCAGCAGCGCCUGCCCCCCCAGGGCCAGCCCCUCCCCCAGGGCCAGCCCCCCCCUCAGUCGCAGGCCAACCUGCCCAGCCCCAGAUCCCAGCAGCCCCCUCAGCAGAGGCAGGUCAGCCCGGGGGCUACCCCCCAGCAGCGCCCGCCCGGGCAGGGCCCCCCACCGCAGAGCAGACCCCCCACAGCGCAGGGCGGGGGGCAGGGCGCAGGGCAGGGCGGAGGGCAGGGUGGGCCCCAGCGAGGCCCGGGCGGGUCCCCCCAGAGCCAGCGCCCACAGCAGCAGUCCCCGCCCCAGCAGCAGCAGCAACGCCCCCCUUCCACAAGCCCCGCCCACAAGCCCGCAUCCGGCCAAUCGCAGCAAAGACCCCCCCAGCAGCGACAAGGGCAGGCCGCCAGGCAGCCGGCGCAGGGGGGCCCGCCAGCCAAUCAGCAGCCGAGACCCACCACCCAGCAGCCACGCCCCUCUGUGCAGGGCCAGGGGGGGCCGGUAGGAGGGGCGGGCAGCGGGGGGGGCAGGCCCCCUGUACAGCCCAAACCACAACCCCUGCAGAGGCCGAGCCAGGACCCCCCCGCGACUGGAGCCCCCCCUCAGCUGAACAAAUCCCAGUCUCUUACCAAUGCCUUCAACAUUCCAGACCCUACGGCAGUCCCGCGUUCCAGCAUUAGCCAAGACGAGGUGAAGGCCGAGACCAUCCGGAAUCUGCGCAAAUCCUUCGCCAGCCUCUUUUCCGACUGAGGCCCCACAUUACCCAUCACACACACACACACACAGGAAAAUAAGAUCCAAACCCGUAGGACCAACGGAAUGUCCAUUCCGCUUCAGUUAUGGACAUGAUAUAUUUUGGACAACAACAACAACAAAAAAAUUGCUGUUAUUCAACAACACAAAGUGGACGAACGAUCGGUUUGAAUUACUGGUCGGGCUGUUUGUGUUCCUGCCACACACACACACACACACACACACACACACCUCUCCUGUAUCGUCUCCAUUGUGAAAACACACAGGACCUAGGAGGACACCUGCACACACGUGCACAUGCUUCUCUCCCUCUUCAGCAUGUUCAGUGGUUGUUUUAGUGAAAAAAAGCCUUAACCAGGCAAGUGUAAUGUUCUCCCCGUCCUUUAGACCUGUGUCGUCCAACUCAUUUCAAGUUCUUUUACAGCCAAGCAAAUAUACAUUCUGAGUACGUUCCAAGUGAUAGCAUUAGCAAGAGGCUCAAAUUUCUAUUUAGCAUUACAGUUUUUAAAAUAUUUUUUUAAUCCACAUUGUUCAAUUAUAAGUGGUCUUUUCUCUGACAUUGACUUUGUUCCUGAAAAAUGUAUCUUGUUUCAUACCUUGGUCUGCUGCAGAUGAAUUACUUGAAAAAAAUAACAAGGCAGUCCAAAAUCGCAUUUUACUCCACAACAUAAGCGUGAAUUGGGAUUAACUCGGUAAGAUAUCUCAAAUGAAAAAAAGCAAAAAAUAACUGCACUGCCGGAUACAUGCUAGUGUGGAAGCAUGGGCUUUUUUUACACCCAUACGUGUAAUUGAGUAACAUUUUACAACAAAAUAAAGAGGGUGCUUCUGCACACUCACACACACACCUGAGCUCUUAACCUUGUUAUCAGACAUAGGUCAUUAUUUUACAUGUGGUUUGUGGAAAUAUGCUGGUCAAACUGCCUCCUUCUGUCCUCUCCUGGAGAUGACGCCUUACAGACCCAGUGGUUGUGUCUCAGUGAAAAGGCUCAGGGCUUCUCUCACAGGAGGCACGGAGCCUCUACGGUAAGCCGGAGGGCACACUAAUGUCAGUGUAGUGCAUAGAUUGUUUUCUCCCGUUUUUGGAGAAGAUAUGACCACUUCACUACUAUGUAUUACACUGUCCUAGAUGGAAUGAACACUGAAGCCCGUUUUGAAGUUUUGCUUAAAUGUCCCUGCAAUGCAAACGUUUCCGUAUCCCACGGCAACUUGCAGCCACAUCACAUCAAGUGCUGGAAAAUUGUUGGAUUUUCACACUUGAAGGAUAGUCUCUGGAACAAACACUGCUGAGGUUUGCUCACAAAUACGAGCAACCUAAAAGUGUGUACAUUUCAUACGAUGGCUGAACUACUCUGCACUAAAGCAUUGAACCGUCUUCCAUGAAAGAAUAUCCAUCUUGCUGCCAUUGUAACCCUCUUAGGUACAUGGCAAGAUGCUAUAUUAGUUCAGACAUCCUUGAUCUGGCCACAUCCUGUUAGCCCUUAGCUUUGCCUCUUCUGCGUACCAUGCAUUAGCUUCUUUGUGCAAUAUCAGUGAUUCUUUGUGAAAAUAGUGCAUAACCGUGUAAAACCUGUAAACUGUUAAACCAAAUAUGUUUUGUGCAUCUGGUGAGUUAUGAAUGAUACAUUGUAAGUGAAGCUUUUUUUCCUCCUUGAACUGUGCUCGUUGCGGCUUGUGUGUUAAUGAACUGUCGGUGUGUAUGUUUUUAUUAAUUCUGUGUACUUUCAGUUACUGUUUGUUAAUCUCUUGAGGUAUGCUCUAAUGUGUUUGGGCCUGGAAAUAUUGCACUCUGUAAACAAAUAAUUAUUGUCAUUAUUUGAAGAGAAAAAUCUGUUUGACUGUUUUCUGUGAUUCUUGGGACUUUGUGGUGGAAAAUUUACAAAAUCCUUGGUAAGACAAGUCUGCAUGGAGCACUGGAAAAUCACCAUUAUUUGUUUGAAGUCUCACAUGGACAAGUAACCCAUGUUAUCAUCAUGUUGAAGCCUCACAUGGUGAACUCUGUCAUCAUGGUGAAGCCUCACAAGGUGAACUCUGUCAUCAUUGUGAAGUUACACAUGGUGAAGUCUCUGGUGCACGAAUGUCAGUACCCAUGUGCAACUUUCAAGCACGAGCAUCUUCAUCUCAAUCACCAAAAUAAAAAUGAAUCCUUCACAGCACUGAGUACAGAUGAAAGCAUAUACAAUCCUUAUUUUUUUAAAUAUGGUAAAUGUCAAUGAUAUAAAACAGUGAAUAAUACAGUAGGCAAGGACAAGUGUUUUUUCAGAAUAGAUGGCACUGAAUAAAUUCAGCACAUGUUUGGUAACUGCCCUUCAUCCAGCUGAUUAUAAAUUACAUUAAAAAUGAUAGUGCUGGGAAGGUAAAUCUCAAGGUGUAGUAGCACAGGUAUUUUUAUGGUGGGUAGAUAUAUUCACAAGUAUUCACUGUAGCAUGUAUACAGGCAAAUUCACUUCAUCUUCUUUGUUGACUAAAGAUUUUUUGAUUUCAAGUUUAAUUGCAUCAUUUUCGAAACAAAAUCUUUUUCUGUAUUUCACCGCUAUAAUUUUGGUCUUGUGUGCACACACUUCAUGUAUUUAUCCAUCGUCUCAUAAACUAAUGCAAAAGUGUUUGAGGCUUGCCUGAAAUGUGUAACAUAUCGGUAACACACAAGACAACUGAUGAAAAAUGAUUAUAUAUGAAACAUAUUGUAAAUCAUGUUGUAUUUAUUUACACACAGAAAUGUAUCUUUGGUGUGAUGUGAUUGUUGGUGUAGUUCAGUAAAUGUGGGAAAGUAAGUGUCAAAAUGGAAAAUUCUAUUCUAAAAUUAUGGAAAUUCUAAAGAGAAAAAUAUUCAAUAAAGUCUAUGAUUAAUCUUAAA